AACAAAGACGACAAAAAGUUGAAGAAUAUCUAUCAAGAAAAAAGACCUUUUCUGGUGUGCCCAUUCAAGAAAACAAGGCACCUGGCAGUAGCAGAACUAGGAGAGCAACUAGCAGUAAACUGCAAGACAAAAUACAGCUCUCAACAUCUUCAAGGCCAGAAAUGGAAAAUAAAGAGAAUGCUAAUAACCUGUCAUGGGAUGAAUCAAGUGGAACCUCAGAAAAAAAAGCUAUUUUAAAGUCUUCCACAAUUGUGCUAACAAAUUCCAUAUCGGGCAGAAACUAUAAUCCUGAAGAUCAAGCUUCCAAGGAUGAAGUAAUUGAAAUAAAACCUAAUGUGUCACUUAGCAGGUCUUUCUUGCAAAUAAAAAGCAUAAAAGAGAAGCAACUGAUUGCAGAAAAACAAAAUUCAAGUCUUGGUCCACCAAAGAAACCAGUGCCUGGUACAUAUCGUGGCAGAGUUAUCCAGUCCAAGAUAAACUCCUUCCGAAAACCUCCAGAAAGUGAGGGGGAAAAGAGUUCUUUGCUUGACAAGAAGCUUCUUCCUUCUGCCACCAAAAGGGCAGUAACUUCUUUGCCCACGAGCAGCUGUACUGUAGUUCUGAAGACCACCAAAGUCACAAACUACUCGAGUUCUGUGAAACCAAAUGGUGUCCGCCCAGUCCAGAGCAAACCAUCUGGCAGAGCUGCUGUUAACUUACAGUCCAGGCUGAAGAAAUGUCAACCAACAUCUGCUGUGGCACCAAAGAGAGUAACAGUUGAAAAAACAAUUGGUGGAAGGACACCACAGCCACUGAAGGCUGCUUCUAACAGUUUGGACCACAGAGUACCAGGAGUGAAGAAAAGGGCAGAUUUUUGUGAAGAUGCAAGACCAGAAACUCCAGGAAAACCAGUUUCUGUUGUUCCUGGAACAAAGUCAGGACAGAAUUCUAAAACUAAUGAACAGAAAUCAGCAGAAGAGAGAAGGGCUCGCCUGGAUGAAUGGAGGGCAUCUCGAGGAAAAGUUUUGAGGAGACCUCCCAUAUCUGUGUUUCUGGGAUCCCAGCCAAGAACUGCAGAACAAGAACUAUCUUUUGGUGAUUCCUUCCAGCACAUAUCACAGAGUGAAGAGCUCGACAAGACUCUUGCAGGAUGUCUGCAGUUAGUGGAGCAGGGAUGUCAAGGUGAUGAAGUACGUGCCAUGCUGGAAGAUCUGACCCACAGGAUUCCUGGGGCUAAAAAGCUUGCCAAAUAUUGGGUCUGCUGGAUGCGUCUCGAGCAGAUGGGCCCUCCUGAAAAGGUUAUUGCUGUCUUUGAGGAGGCCAUUUUGGCAGGAGCAACGCCUAAAGAUGAACUACGACACACACUAAUAGAUGCUAUGAAAAACACUGAAAGCCUCUUUAAGGCUGAGGAUGGGGGAACUGUGACAGAAGCUCACUUAAGUGAGGGAAUUGAAGUCAGCAAGGAGCCAAAUUCAUGUACAGAGCAGGUUCAGGAGGCCUUCAAUGAUCUUGGCUAUAAUGAUGACCAAAAAGCAGAGAGUGAUGAGAAGAAGGCAGAGACAGGGGCUAGCACUGAAGUGAUAAAAAAGGAAGAAAUGGAUAUAGAGUUAAAACCAAGAGAAGAGACCUUGCCAAAGAAGAACAAAAAGCACAAGACUAAAGACCGUACAAAAAAGAAAGGAAAAUAUGAAAAAGAAGAGCAGGAUGAGGAUGGGGUAAAAGCUACAGCCCCAGCAGUUCAUUCUCCUGUGAGGGAUAAUGAUGCAUCCUCUUCAGUGAGAUAUAAUCCAUCUACCACACCAUGCUUGGAAAGUGUGAAGAUGCAUGGUGAGGCAAAUGACCUGAAAAUCAUCACCCCUCUGCGAUAUUCUCAGCGCAUUCGGGAGAAGAUGUGCAAGCUGGUGGGGGAUCAUGUUAAAGAUCAAGAUCCAUGUGUCUCCUCGUGUGAAGAGCUUCAAGAAAUGGAAUCAAAUGCCACUGCGUUGAUCCACAAACAGAGCAAUGAAGUCAAAGAAACAAGUGCUGAAGUAGAAGAGUAA